UCUUACACAAGAAGGAGCACUAGAUUAGUGGAAUCUCUUGACUUUUCCAUCACUUCCUCCACCUAAUCUUAUCGUCCUCCUUCUUCAGCUCUAAUCGGAGCAAAAUGGAGGCAGUAACGGCGAUUAAGCCACUGAUCAGAGUCGCUGCUAUCUCCGGUUCUCUCCGGAAAGGCUCUUUCAACACCGGUCUCCUCCGCGCCGCAAUCGAGUUGACGAAAGAAUCAGUUCCGGGGAUGGAGAUUGAGCAUAUAGACAUAUCUCCGUUGCCGUUGAUCAACACCGAUCUGGAAUCCAACGGGACUUAUCCUCCCGUCGUCGAAGCUUUCCGGCAGAAGAUUCUUGAAGCCGAUAGUAUUCUUUUCGCUUCUCCUGAGUACAACUUCUCUGUCUCAGCUCCACUUAAGAACGCGAUCGAUUGGGCUUCAAGAUCACCUAACGUUUGGGCCGACAAACCUGCUGCCAUCAUAAGCGCCGGUGGAGGUUUUGGUGGAGGAAGGUCGCAGUACCAUCUUCGACAAAUCGGAGUAUUCCUUGAUCUUCAUUUCAUCAACAAACCGGAGUUUACUCUCAAUGCGUUUCAGCCGCCUCAGAAAUUUGAUGCAGAUGGAAACUUGGUCGAUGAAGUGGCUAGGGAGAGGAUAAAGCAAGUUCUUGUCUCGUUACAGGCGUUUACUCUGCGACUUCAAGGUAAGAAGUAAAGUGGAAAGUGUGAGGGUGGUUCUUGAUCAUUUGUGUGAGAGAUUGGAUUGUGUGAUGAAAAAUAAUGUCCGAUUCUUGUGAUAAGAAACAGUAUCUUUGCUACGUAUCUGAUGCUCAUUAAUGUCGUAUGUGUUUACAUGAUAAAACUGUGUUUAUUAAACGAGUGAUGUUUUUGUUUCUUGUUUCCUCCUAAAUAAGAAGAGCGAUGGAUUUAGCAUUGGAGAAUGGUUUUUAGAUUUCUUAUUUUAAAACUCAAGCUACAAUUAUUAUUGUGCAGUAAUAACAUUCCCUCUGUUUUAGUAUAACAUACGUUUGUUAAAAUGUUGUUUUUGUUUUAAAGCAGAAUUAUUUUUACAGUUUAU